AUGAAAACAGCCAUGAUUCUCCAUCUCAUGCUUUUGUGCAUUGCUCUCAUUCAUGGAGCUACUACUAAGCAUUAUAUUGUUUACAUGGGUGAACACUCAUACCCAACUACUGAGGCCGUGAUUUCAUCCAAUUAUGAGUUGCUCACAGAGAUUACCGGGGUCGAUGAAGAUGCACGUAAGGCCGCUGUUCACCAUUAUAGCAAGAGCUUUAGAGGGUUCUCGGCUCUGCUCACACCCCAACAAGCUGACAAGCUCUCAAGUCUUGAAGCUCAAAAUACCUGUAAUUCUUGCCUGAUAGAGAGAAAGAGACUGACCAUCAUAUUCCAUGCUAUUCCAGAGAGAAGUGGAGUUAUUUCAGUCAUUGAGAGCAAGACGAACCAGGUUCACACAACACGUUCUUGGGAUUUUCUUGAACCCGGCAUAGUACAUCCUGGUGGCCUUGCCGGAAAUUCAUAUAGUGAUAACGACGUGAUCGACGUGGUCAUCGGUGUAAUUGACACUGGGGUGUGGCCAGAAUCAAAGAUGUUCAAUGAUUUUGGCUUGGGUCCGGUGCCGAAAAGGUUCAAGGGUGAAUGUGUUACUGGAGAGCGUUUCACCUUGGCCAAUUGUAACAGGAAGAUAAUUGGUGCAAGAUACUACUCCCAAGGGUUCGAGGCUGAGAAUGGCCCUCUAGAGUCUCAUGGAGAAUUGUUCUUCCGAUCUGCACGUGACACAGAUGGCCAUGGCACACACACUGCCUCCACGGCUGCCGGAAAGUCGGCAGUAAAUGCGAGUUAUCUCGGUAUCGCUACAGGAACUGCUAGGGGCGGUGCACCAGGAGCAAGGCUAGCCAUAUACAAGGCAUGCUGGUUCAACCAAUGCAGCGAUGCGGACCUUCUUGCCGCAUUUGAUGAUGCAGCUCGAGACGGUGUUGACAUCAUUUCUCUAUCAGUGGGACCCACACCGCCGCAACACGACUUCUUCAAUGAUGCUAUUUCAAUUGCAGCCUUCCAUGCCUUUCGAAAGGGGGUGUUGGUCUCUGCCUCUGCUGGUAACUCUGGUUUACCGGGCACUGUGAUCAAUGUUGCUCCAUGGAUCCUCACUGUAGGAGCCAGCUCCAUCGACCGAAUUUUCGUUUCCGAUGUAGUCCUCGGAAACGACAAGAUACUCAAGGGUCAAGCAUUAAACCCACUAGAUUUAAAGGGAUUUUAUGGUGUCAUACCUGGAAGCGCUGCUCCUCUCCCCACUAUCCCUGCCGCCAAUGCAAGCUUUUGCAAAAGCAACACAUUGGAGCCUAAGCUGAUCGCUGGGAAGAUCGUGGUGUGCACUAUAGAGAAAAUCACAGAGAAUAGAACUGCAAAAAGUGAAGUGGUUAAAGAAGGGGGUGGAGUUGGGAUGAUCCUUGUAGAUCCUAUUGCUAAAGAUGUAGGCUUUCAAUUUGUGAUUCCUGCUACAGUUAUUGGCCAAGAGGAAGCAUUGGAGCUUCAAACCUAUUUAAGCACUGAAAAGAAUCCGGUUGCGACAAUUUACCCAACAUCAACAAUUCUUAAUGUCAAACCAGCACCAAAGAUGGCUGUAUUUUCUUCUGCAGGGCCGAGUAUCAUAUCCCCAGAUGUUAUCAAACCGGAUAUAACGGCUCCAGGGCUUAACAUAUUAGCAGCAUGGUCUCCAGUCGCCACUAAGGGGGCCGCCGGAAGGUCAGUGAACUUCAAUAUAAUCUCGGGGACCUCCAUGUCAUGCCCCCAUGUGUCUGGAGCUGCAGCUCUUGUGAAAGCAAACCAUCCUUCUUGGAGCGCCAUGGCUGUAAAAUCAGCUUUGAUGACCACAGCUACUAGAUUAGAUAACACCAAGGGCUCCAUACUAAGAGACCCUCAAGGCUCAUCAACAAGCCCAUUUGACCUGGGCUCAGGCCACUUGAACCCACUUGCAGCUAUAGACCCUGGUUUGGUCUAUGAUUUCGACACCAAAGACAUCAUCACUUUCUUGUGUGGCAGUGGAGCAACACCAGAACAACUUCAAAAUCUCACCGGUGAAGCUAUUUGUUGCAAAAUCGGUUUGGUUGAAGCUUACAAUCUCAACUACCCAUCAAUUGGGGUGGCAAACCUACGUGGAAGAGUUUCAGUUUAUCGAACGGUCACGAAUUAUGGCACUUCUAGAUCAACAUAUCUUCCCUCUGUUGAGCUGCCAUGGGGUGUUCAAAUUUCGAUUGCACCGUCAAAACUUAAGUUUAGUCAUAUUGGGGAGAAGCAAACUUUUAGAGUGGAUCUGACAGUGAAGAAACCUAGCAAUGGAAGCUUUGUUUUUGGGUCUAUAACUUGGAGUGAUGGAAAGUAUCAAGUUUUCACUCCCAUUGCUGUGAAUGCAACAUCUAUUUACUAGUGUUGGAAUGUUAUUUUGACUAAUGUAAUAUGCAUCAAUGGAUGCAAGUGAAAUGGAUCACAUUUUCUACUGUAAAAGAAAUUAUGAAUUUGAUAGUAAUAUGGAGACUGUCUAUUGAUUGAAA